CUCGGUGGAGAACGGAGUGUAGUAGUCUUCUACGCCGCUGGUUCCGCGCUUUUUCGUCCGUCCCAUGUUUACAUUUUGUUCGUUCGAGGACUCCCCCAAAAAUCACUGACAAAUUUUGGUUUUUUUUUGUGUUACCUCGAUAAGUUACGGUGGUUUGUUUUUUGAAUUGUGGAUUUUUUUGUGACUCGAGUCUUGGUACUUUCGGAUUUAUAACAGCCUGGAUUUACGUACGUUGUUCUUGAGGUUUUCUGGAAGGACAACGGAGUUAUCCGCCAAAAAGCAUACUGAGGGUGGAUAUAUCUAAUAAGAGAGGUGUCAAAUGCCAUGUGAAAGACAGUCAGACAGACAGACGGUGUAGCUGUCGUGAUGCGAAGCUAAAACCAGGAGCCCCUAGUGUGGUUUGCUGCCAGCAUGGCGGGUUUUCACCCUCUGGUGCCCCCCUUGUGGUGUGCUCCACUGAUCUUGUCUCUCCUGUCAUUGGCGUGCAGGGAAAUGGUGCAGGCAACCUUACAAGGUAAUCAAGAAGGGCUUCUGGAAGAGACAGCGGCCACGAAAUCCACAAUCGAGCACGACGACACCAUCUUCCUCAGCUCGGACUCCUUGCCCAUCUUCCAGGCGGAACCCCAGAACGCCUAUGUAGUGAAAAAUCGACCAGCACUGCUCCAGUGCAAAGCCGGUAACGCUCUCCGCGUGUAUUUCAAGUGCAACGGUGCAAAAAACGUAGAAAGUACUCAGAGUGAAUUCGUCCACCCUCAGACGGGGGUGAGAAUAGUGGAGGCCGAGAUAAACAUCACGAGGGACAUGGUGGAGGAAUUUUUCGGCAACGAAAAAUUCAAAUGCGACUGCCACGCUUGGAGUGGAAGGGGUAACAUCAAGAGUCAGCCUGCUGUCGUCGAUGUUGCUUAUUUGAAGAAGCAAUUCGAAGUGAAUCCUGUCUCGACUAGGGUGGAAAUAGGACACCAGAUGGAGCUGAGAUGCGCCGCACCAAUGGGAAUGCCACCUCCAAGAAUAUACUGGUUACGCGGUGGUCAACCUUUACAAUCUGACACAACCAUGUUGGUAUCCAGUGAAGGGCAACUCUUGAUCAGUCAAGCUAGGCCUCAGGAUACCGGGAAUUAUACUUGCGUGGCGGAAAAUAUAGCUGCCAAAAGACUGUCAAAUCCAGCUCAAAUAACAGUUUAUGUUAAUGGAGGUUGGUCACAGUGGUCACCAUGGACGGAUUGUAAGUGUCCUGGAUCAACUUUACCGCUAGGAAAAAUGAGCACCAGGACCUGCACCAACCCACCACCUAGUAACGGAGGAUCGCCUUGUAUAGGCUCUGCUGUUAGAAAAACUAAAGAUUGCCAACAAUGUCCGCAAGAACCAGCCCGCUGGUCAACAUGGUCCGACUGGUCGAAAUGCAAUUCGGACUGUAUAAAAAUCAGAAAGAGGCAGUGCAUACCUGGAAGUGGAGCUGGCAGAAAAAACUGUAAUGGGAGGGACACCCAAACAGCUCCCUGCACAUCGGAACUUUGCAAAUCUACGGAACUGACACGAGUGAAAGAAGCGAAUUUGGAGAGCACCCAAUACGAUAUAAUACUCUACAUCGGACUUAUGGUCGCCAUAUUCAUUGUUCUGCUGCUUUCCUACUUCCUCGUGAGGGUCUACAGGAAAAAGGAUCAACAUCAGAGCCUUUACAAUAUGGCAUCGAACGAAUAUCAUCCGGAGUUUUUUCCUGAGCACGAUAAGAAGUCAUUGAGCCUUCAACCAGACCUGACGCAAACAGUUCCGCCUUGUUAUGAAUACCCUUCGUACACCACCCCCUCAACAGCAAUGGUUACUAGAUCAGUUUCCGAACACCACUACGAUGUUCCCCAUUUAGCAUCAGGGAGCGACAUCCAGAUGUCGCCAGCGACAAGCUCUACGCUGGAAUCAUCUAGCGGCAAGAGGAGUCAGCUCAGUGGAUUCACGAAUAAUUCUGACUCAACCUACGAGGUGGCUGCAGAUUCAGUGACACUUCCCAUGUCGAACCUACCGACAGCAUACGCUGUGACCCCAGCCACCAACGGCAACUAUACAAGUGCCACCGUGGGCCAUACGGGAGCCUUUCUAAAUCUUCCAGAAUCUGGUGUGAGCCUAACUGUUCCAGAAGGUGCCAUUUCGAGGUCCAGGAAACAGGAGAUAUUCCUUUCUAUCCUCAACGAAGACUGUUUCAGGCCAAAACUGGCAGACAAUUUGACCCAGCUCAGUCCGGUCGUUUCCUGCGGGCCUAAUAUCUCCCUGAAUAAGGCUGUUAUUCUGAAGGUUCCGCAUUGCGCCGAACUUUCCAAGAACAACUGGUCAAUCUCGGUUCUGCAGAGUGACUGCAGCGAUUCCCAGUGGCAGACGGCAGUCACCCUUGGCCACGAGACCAUCAACACCUCCGUGUUCUGUCAAUUAGAUGAAGAUGUAGCCUUCCUCGUCACCGACUGCCUCUCCAGGUUCGUGCUGGUCGGUCAAUCGACAACCGGGGCGGCCAUCAAGAAGCUCAAACUUGCCAUAUUCGCCCCCAAACUGUGCUUACAGACAUCCAUAGACUACAGUGUGCGUGUGUAUGUGCUAGAGGACACAGACAGUUCGAUGGAAACGGUUUUCGGGCAAGAAAAGAGACUAGGCGGUUAUUUAUUAGACAAUCCUAAAACUAUCACCUUCCAAGAUGGCGGAAACAACCUGUGCUUGAGUCUGGAGAACAUCAGCGAAGGGUGGAAAGCUAAAUCGUCUUCGAACUACCAAGAAAUACCCUUCAAACAUCUGUGGCAAUCCAACAGCAACAGCCUCCACUGUUCGUUCAACAUUGAAGCUUACGAAAUGAACAGAAACCUUAGUUUUAUGAUCAAGGUCAACCAGAAGGGUUUCGACCACAUCCAAUAUUUCGACGUUGUAUGCAGGGAAGACAUGGACUUGCCCAACGCGAAAAGUAACUCGAUUAAGUUGUACCACAAUGAAUUAGUGCCAAAAAUUGCGAUACAAAGUGAGACAAGCCGGUCUAAUGACUCUAAGAAAUCGGUGGAGUUCGCGCAUUCUCCGAAAAGUACCAAAAGUUUCAAGUUUUCGACAGCCGAGGACUCUACCCAGAAGGUGGCGAAGAACUUGAUUGUAACAGAUAGGGGAGUUUCAACGUGUGAUGAUUUCACAUUUAGGUUAUCUAAGCAAAUCAGGAAACAACUUUGUCAGGUCCUGGACACACCCACCACUAGAGCGAACGAUUGGAGACUCCUAGCCCAUGCCUUACAAGUAGACAGAUAUAUUAACUUUUUCGCCACAAAACCUUCUCCAACCGACUGCAUUCUAGAUCUUUGGGAAGCAAGAAAUAGGAACAGUAACGCUCUGAGUGAAUUACGACAAAUAUUCAACGAUAUGGAAAGAUAUGAUGCAGUCAACAUUCUAGAUAGUUGCCUAGGCCCUAACUGGUUGUAAAUUUUUUUUAUUAUUCCGUUAAAAUUGUUCAUUUCUUAGAAAAGAAUUUAUUUCAACACUGUUUGAUUAUCUCGUUUUGUUUGAUAUAAUAAGUAUCCCAUCAAAUAGUUAACUGGAAUUAUAUCUUAUCUAUGUGAAUACCUAAUUCCAAAAUCAUAUGAAUUGGUUUAUCGUUUAUCGAUUAUUUUUAACGCUAUCCUAAAAUAACGUUGGGUUCGCUGAAAAUACUGCACCUAUUUUUUUUCUAUGAAAUUGUAUUGCAGUUCUCAUAAUAUGAAUACACAUACGAAAGAUAUGAUUUCAUAUGAAAUUUAAUUCUUGACAGAGAAUGGUUGGAAAUUUGUUGAUUGUUGCAAAAAAUUGGAAUAACUUUACAGAAAUGUAUUUGUUAGACUUGAGCAUAUUUUAAUGUGUACCAUAAAAGUUUAGAAUUAAGGACCAUGAAUUUGAAAUUGUGCAAUUUGUCAGAGCUCUGCCUCAAAUAUAAGUUUGACAGGUAUUUUAAACAUCCGAUUUAUUUAAUUCAAUCUAGGAGAAUCUUCCGAAAUAUUCCCAAGCUAUUCCUUGCUUUAUUGGGAAAGUAUCCGCUUUGUUUGACUUUUUACCAAUUCACAUAAUUUUUGAUUCACAAUGCAAAUUGAAUUGAAAUUUUCGAUUUCGUACUUAAAUUUUUACUUUUCAGCAAUGUUAACGAUAAAACAUUCUUUAUACUCAAUGAAAAGAGAAAAGCCUCAUAUAAAUACUCAAUAAUGAAAGAAAACUCAAAAUAAUAAACAUGGAAAACCGACAAGCUAUAUUGUGAAAUCCCGUAGCUUCAAUUAUUUUUUCUGCCCGAUCACUAUAUGUAUUGUAUACAAUAUUGUGUAUUGUAUACUUGUAUAAUUCUUCUGAAAGGUUAAUUCCAGACAUUAAUUCAACUUAGCAGAGCAUGAUAUGAUGAAAUUUUAGACGACAGUUUUAGGUUGACUUUCCGAAGUGAUAUUGAUCUUAGUACAUUAAAUUUAUAAAAGCGACUAACCUAUUUAGAGUUUUAUACGGAAAUCAAAAGUAGUUUUCUAGAUAUUUUAGGAUGUUUUGUACAAAUGAUACCCCACAUGUAAUUAGAAGCAGUUAAACGUUAAAAUGAUGUACUAUGUACGUAUAUAAAAUAUAUAACGAUGUAAAUAGUCAAUAUAUAUUUACGAUUUUUA